AUUGAGACAACAGCUGUUCGCUGCUGUUACCGCCGUUGACUGCGACCGAUUUAUUAUUAUUUCAUAAUAAUUUCUGUAGUACAUUUGUGAUUUGGUAAAUUACAUUGUAAGCUGAAUUAAAUAACAAUGCAAAGUACACGUAAAUUAUUGAAUCUGGCCCGGAUUACGCUUAGCCGCACGGCGGCAACUGCAUCAGAACAGACUACACAUUUCGGCUACCAAACGGUAAAGGAAUCCGAAAAGGAGCAAAAAGUGCAUCAGGUGUUUGAGCAGGUGGCCCAGUCCUACGAUACAAUGAACGAUGCAAUGUCGCUGGGCAUCCAUCGUGUGUGGAAGGACAUCUUCAUUGAGCGACUUGGUCCGACGCAUGGCAUGCGUCUCUUAGACAUGGCUGGCGGCACGGGUGAUAUUAGUUUUCGAUAUCUGAAGUACCUCGAGAAACAGCCCAAUCACCAGGGGCGGAAAAGUCACGUCACCAUCUCCGACAUCAAUCAGCAUAUGCUGAACGUGGGCGAGGAGCGAGCACGCCAGCAAGGAUUGACUGCUGAGCGGUUGUCCAAUUCCAGCAUCGAUUGGCAGUGUGCCGAUGCCGAGAAGCUGCCCUUCCAAAGCGAUAGCUUCACAGCCUACACAAUUGCCUUUGGCAUACGCAAUUGCACCCACGUAGAUAAGGUGCUUAGCGAGGCAUAUCGGGUGCUGCAGCCAGGUGGUCGCUUCAUGUGCUUGGAGUUCAGUCAUCUGACAAAUGAGACGAUGCAGUGGCUGUACGAUCAGUACUCAUUUCAGGUGAUACCACCGAUGGGUCAACUGCUGGCUGGACAAUGGCAGGCAUAUCAGUACCUUGUGGAGAGCAUACGACGAUUUCCGCGCCAGGAUCAGUUCAAGAGCAUGAUCGAGAACGCGGGCUUUGUUCAUGCGACCUAUGAGAAUCUAACGUUUGGCGUAGUCAGCAUACACUCUGGCUUUAAGCUGUAGUUGUACUGAACCACACUGAAUUCCUAUUAGAGUUUAAUAUUAUUAUUAUUAUUAUUAUUUACUACGCUGCGAGUCCAGCUGUCAUCUUGUUAAACAUGCUAAACACGUUUUGUAACUGGUUUUUUUGUUCACCCUUUUUUUUUAUUGUUUCCUUGCUUGUUAAAAUUAAAGUUUUUUGGAUAAACAUGGUCAACAUAUUACAUGUGCCAAGCAAUUUAUGGGUUUAUAAGUUUUUGGCAAGCUUGGGAAAGACCUUGACGGAACGUAUUUA